CUCCUUUUUUAAUAACUAUUACUUUUGAAAUCAUAUCAGAUAAUUUUUUUCCCUUUUAUAACUAUAAACAAGGUUAUUUCGAAACGUUGGAAAAAAUAAUAUUUGAUAUUUUAUUUUACAAUAAAUUCAUUAAAAUAGUGAUCGCGACUAUUCUUUAUGGAUUCAGGUAUAGACACGAAAAUGCGGUUUUCGCUUUCUCCAGUUCAAAAUAACGACUUAGCUUACCGUCAAUGGAUACGGGCCUUAAAAUCUUUGGUUCUUUUUCCGGAUGGAAUUCCUUCCGACUUUCGUAAACAGAUUUGGUUAAAUUUGGCUGACCACUACAUUCAUUCCAGAGACCUGAACUGGGAAAGUAUUAAAGGGGUGUGCUUUAAUGAUAAUACAAACCCAGAUGAUUAUGAUUUAGACGCUCAAAUUAUUAAAGAUUUACAUCGGACAAAUACUGCAGGUGUUUCAGGAUCUUCGCUUUCCGAGGAAGAUAGGGUUAUUUUAAAGAGGGUUCUUUUAGCGUUUGCUAGAUGGAACAAAAAGAUCGGUUAUUGUCAGGGUUUGAACGUAAUAGCAGCUUUAAUUAUAGAUGUUAUGGAACAUAAUGCGGAAAAUGCAUUUAAAGUUAUGAUUUAUCUGAUCGAACAUAUAUUGCCGCCUAGAUAUUAUACCAAUAAUUUAACUGGAUUGACAGUGGACAUGUCCGUAUUUAGAGACCUAUUGAGCAUUCGGUUUCCUUAUCUUGCAUCCCACUUAGAAAAACUCAGGCAAAAUGUGGCCAAAUACGACGUGUACGAGCCACCCCUCACCAAUCUCUUCACAAUGCAAUGGUUUAUUACGCUUUUCGCAACUUGCUUCCCUCGAGAAACUGUACUGAGAAUAUGGGACUGUUUACUCUUGAGAGGAUCAGAAAUAUUAUUGAGAACCGCAUUGGUUUUCUGGAACAAAAUAUCCAGGCUUCUGGUUGUUGCUGAAAAUCCAGAUCAAUUUUACGCUAUCAUGGAAGAGGUUGGUAAAAGAUGUCUAGAAAAUGGCGUUAUAAGUGCUAGAGAAUUGAUCAAGGGCAUUCACGAUAUAAGCCCUUUUCCCUAUAAAGAAAUCCACGAGCUUAAAGAUAAAUAUACGUAUAACAUAUCUCCCUUUAACAAUUCCGCCAGUCAGAGAAUUGUCCUGCAAGAUUCCAAUUUUAGACUCUCUGAUUUCAAUCUCUUGACCCUGAUUAAAUUUAUCAACAAGAAAAAUACAAGUCACACACUACAGGAUAAUGAUCAUCAAAACAGAAAUGUCUGCGAUAUAAAAGCAUUACGUGAUCAAUAUAAAACCAUCUGCCAAAGACAUAAACAAUCCCUCAUUAUGUCAAAUUUUCCCCAUUGUUAUCAACAAGACACUACUGCUCAUAUAUAUACCUCAAUCAGUCACACAAAAAAUAAUCAACCGAUAAAGGUUCAAGAUCGAAAAAUUAGAAAUAAGAUAAAUUGCGGAGAAAGUAUAAUAACCUUCGAUCCAACCGAUUGUGAAAUUGAACCAAUCAUAAACCAUUUAUAUAUCAAGCCAGGUCCCAAAGCCAAACACCGGAAAAAUAGAAAAGCUAUUUUAUAUUCUUCAUAGUUUCUUGAUAGAUUUUGAAAUUUUUGUAAACUAAUGGCGUUGUUUGAUAACAUUUUUUUAGAAAUACAGUUUACAUACAGAUAGA